AUGAGACAGGAUGCUAAAACUAGAAUCAAUCCAACCCUUCCUCCUUCCUCUAAUUCCAUUCCCCAUCUUUCUCUUUCUCUUACUCUUUUUCCUUCUCUAUUCACUUACAGCGUAAACAAAUGCAGAGAAGACUACCUUACUAUGGCAGAAGAAUGA